AUGAAUAUUUUAGUGUGCAGUUUUGACGUGUAUGACCUGCAGCACGAGCAGAGCCAGAAGAGGAAGGUGCUGAGCGGAGGGGACAUCCAUGAGUUUGUCUCAAUGGCGUUCUCCACGGACUCCAAGUACUUCAUCGGCCAAUCAGGGGCGCCGGACUACAUCCUCUUCUAUUGGAUGUGGGAGAAGCAGAAGAUCAUGGCCAUGGUGAAGACCACUGUGGCCGCUAACCCAGUCAACCAGGUCAGUUUGAACCCAUACGACAACACCCAGAUCUGUGUGAGUGGGAAUGGGGUCUUCAAGCUGUUCCAGAAGCUGGAGACCCAUAACUUGUUGUCCCACGCCUGGGUGUCUGAGGACAGGGUGAUAGCCGGGACAGAGGCAGGCAGGCUGAUGGUGUUUGAGUCUGGAGACCUGCGAUGGGAUAUGUGUGUGUCCACCAAGACCACCAUGUCACAGGACCCAGAGAGUGCAAAGGGAAAUGAUGAAGAGUCCCUUCCUCAGUUGCCUCGGGUUACAGUCAUCACAGCGUACUCCAAAGGCUUUGCCUGCUUGGCCGGUCCUGGGACUGUGUGUCUGUUUGAGAGAACCGACGAUAAGGACAACUACAGGAAGACCAGGGAGAUAAGGAACCAGGUUAUGCUGGAGCUGAAGAUGCGUGUGGAGGAGAUGAAGAUGGAGAAUGAGUACCAGCUCCGUCUGAACAACGAGGACAUCAAAGAGAUGUCGGCUAAGUUUGUCGAGCAGAUAAGAGUCGCUCAAGACCAGGAGACAGGUGAGACGAGGCUUUGUCAGGAGGAGUCUCGUAUCAAGGGGAGGGAGUUUGAGGAGAGCAGGAAGCAGAUGGAGGAGGAUGGAGACAGGGAGAUCCAGGACAUCAGGAUCCGCUAUGAGAGGUGGUUGAAGGACGAGAGGGAGACCAACAUGCGCAUGAAGGGAGACACCAGCAUCAUGAAGAAGAAGCUGGAGACAUCAUCUUCUCACCCCCACACCUCCCUCCACCAUCACAAGCUCUCAAAAUUUAUGACGACGGUGACUGAUGACAUUUUCCUCCUCUCCCUGCCACGUCUACCCCCUGUCCUCCCCUCCCUCCCUCACACACACACCCACGCACACACACUGCAGUUCAGCAGCCUGCAGAAGAAUAUAGACGACAGGAGCAUGGAGAAAGAGAAGAUGAAGACAGAGCUACUGGCACAUCAGAUGUGUCUGGAGAGAGACAUCCUGGCCCUGAAGAAAGAGAUCCAGGAGAGGGAUGACACCAUCCAGGAUAAGGAGAAAUGCAUAUACGACCUGAAAAAGAAGAACCAGGAGCUGGGGAAAUUUAAGUUUGCUCUGGACUACAAGAUCAAAGAACUGAAGAAACAGAUUGAGCCCAGAGAGAACGACAUCAAGGAGAUGAAAGAGCAGACCCAUGAGAUGGAGCAGGAGCUGGAUACCUUCCACAAGAAGAACGCUCAACAGGAACUGGACAUCGCUGAGCUGAAGCUCAAACUCACCACCACCGACAAGGAGAUGCACAAGGGACUGCAGAAGGUGAGGGAUGUGGAGGCCCUGGUACGUAGGUUCAAGACGGACCUCCAUAACUGUGUGGGAUUCACCCAGGAGCCUAAGAGGUUAAAGGACAGCAUCACAGACCUUUACGGCCGCUAUGUACAGAAGAGUGAUGUGGUGGAUAUAGUUGGUGUGGACGCAGAAGUCCAGAGGGAGUACGCCCGGCACAGAGAGCACCUGGAGAGGAACGUGGCGUCCCUGAAGAGGAAACUGGCCAAAGACGGCGUGGUCCACCAUGCAGACAACGUCAAGAUCAUGCAGGAGAAUGCAACUCUGAUCAAAGAGAUCAACGACCUGAGAAAGGAGUUGCGUCUGGUGCGUUCCCAGGUCCACGACUACAAGAGUCUGAUGAGAAAACAGGGCAAGAAGCAGACCAACACUUUCAAAGCGCUGCUGUCUCCCAGGGCCGACCCCAGUAACAUGGUGGUCCGUCUGAACCAGGAGGGGGACCGUAUCGUUCAGCUGCAGCGCCUGGAGAUUCACAGGCUCAGGGAGGAGAUACACCCUUAUAGACCCCCCUCCACUGCCAAGCUACCCUCCCUCCAAAUCAACUCAUAACCCCCUUCAGACCCCCCUCCACCGCCAAGCUACCCUCCCUCCAAAUCAAUUUAUAACCACCCCCAACCCCUCCAUCCAAACCAAUUUUAAGGGACUUGUAAAUAAAAAGGAAAACAAUUCAUAUUUGAGGGUUAAUAUAACAUAAAUAUAUAUAUAUUUUAAAUGAGAUUGGGAUUUCCAAAAGUGAAUGGAGGGUGUUAUUGGCAGGGUCAAAUCAAAGCAUUGUCAGACUGGAAAUUAUGGAUUUUUUAUGACAAACUAUUAAUUAACAAGAACAAUUGACAUUGUUGUGCAUGCAAAACAGUCUACUCCUAAUGGCUUGUCAGUAGGCUAGCAUAUUUGUGUUUUAUUAAUGCGUGUGCGUGCGUUUUUACGGGACCUGUUUGUCAACUGGUAGGAUAUUCCUUCUUAUUAUCACCAUAAUAAUGGGAAGUGGCAAAAACGGUAAGCCUAUCAUUCUCUAGACUUUAAAAAGUACUGGGAAAAUCUAUCUUGUCUGUCUGCUAGGUGCUAUCCCAACGGCGCACAGCCCCUUCAUGAGAAGUGUUUAUAAUUUAAGGCUGGCGCGCGGGCUUUCCCCAUGGGACGCCAGCGAAAGGUCGCGCGCUGCUCUGUAGCCUACUGAUGCGCUUUCCCCUCCCAACCAGCGUCGCCUCUGCGUGCGGUGACCACACCUGCAACCGGGAAAGUCCGCUAGACCUGCGCACGGUUCAGUGAGCGCGAGAGGCACACACAAUCACCAUCGGAGGCUCCACAUCGGAGAAAGGUAGUCAGAAUGAUGUUGAUUAUUGAGACUAUACUGUUUCAAACCGUCCUUUCACGCACCAAACGCGCGGCAUAUGGUUUGGAUUUGGAAAUACCUCCCGGCGCAGGAACGGAGAUUUGUGGAGUCGUUCGGUUUCGAGGAUGAGUAGCGACUGGGAAUGUGCCAGCACCACGCACAGGUAAACAGCAUAUAGACAGAAUACAAAUGCUAGACAGUGCAUGGAUCCCACACUCGAUUUGAUGAAGCCCAGCCACCUGAAGGUGACUAGGCUAUAUAACUUUCUUGACAUUGUUCCACCUUUUAUAGUUCGGUUCUAGGCUAGCUACUUAUUUGAAUUAUCAAGCAAGAUAAUUUGAGCUGAAUAUAAAUAGCCUAGUUUACUGUCAUAACGUGUCGUGAUCUGUCCUCAUGACAGGUCAUCAUAUGACGGUGUCAUAUAGCAUUAUGACAGUGUUACGUUUGGCAGCCAUAGGUAAUGUGUUGCUGUAUGUUUGUUGUAACCAUGUCACCAUACUGUUGAGACAAUCAUCCCAUAGAGCCAGAGUAGGCUACAUUGGAGAGUUUAGCUCACUGCAGUUGCCACAUUGAAUACAAAUGGCCCGUUGUAUUUUCUUAAAGCCUCCAAGCAUAUUUUCUGAUAGAUAUCUCCCAUGAAAGGACAGUGAAGCUCGUAAUUUUAGAAUUUGUCAACAUUUAGUGGGAAAUUGGUCACUCACUUGGUCCACCCCCCCAUGAAGGUAUUCAUUUCCAGAAGUUUGAUCGUGGUUAUUGGCUGUUUGACUGAAGUUUUCAUUCAUAUUUUCGAGCCUGACUUGACCCUUGACCAUAAGAGAUAUUAAACAUUGCAUAAAAAAAAAAGUCAUGUAUUUAAAAACCAAAACAUACUCCUGACUAUUCUUACAUCCAUCAUGCAAAUAACACAAUUAUAGUUUAAUCUAUUUUCAGACACAUUUUUGUGAAGCUGUAAGACUGGAAUAGCUGAAUAAAUAUGAACCUUUUAUUGCCAGACAGAAUGGGUGUAACAGGUUUUGUGGAGGACUGAACUGUCCAGUUUUUUUUAUUUAUUCAGGCCAACCAGGAUUUCCUAUACUGUAACUAGUUCCUGCCAAUAUCACACCUUAAGUUUUGGACCCAAGUGUUAGUGUUGGCCUCUAAACACUGUUGUAGCUAUUUCCACUUGUAUAUAUCAUACAAAACAAAAGUCAGUGAUGUUGUGAAAAAUCCAUCUAGCCUAUACUUGUGUAACAGUAAAUAACUAUACCUAGGAGUGACCUCUCCAUUGUCGUUCCCUGCUAUCUCAUGAUCAAUAUACAUAACAUAGUCUCACCAAUAAACUAAAAGGCGAGUGAGGGAACGAGGGAUGGAGUGAGUGUGUGAGUAAGCGCAUGCAUGUGUGUGCCAGCGGAGGCUGGUGAGGGGAGGAUGGCUCAUAAUAAUGCCAGGAAACCAUGUGUUUGAUGUAUUUGAGAGAGUGCAGGAGAGAGGGUGAGUGUGUGUGAGAGAGAGACAGAAGGUGAGAGAGCGAGAGUGUGGAACCCAGCCCUGUGAGGAUCAGGUUCUAUCUGGAACCCAGCCACGUGAGGAUCAGGUUCUAUCUGGAACCCAGCCCCGUGAGGAUCAGGUUCUAUCUGGAAUCCAGGCUCCUGUUUCUCACAGAGCAGGGAUGUUUGAAUAUGUUGAAGGCCGCCUCUGAGCCCAUACAAUAAAAAAAAAUAA